AUGGGCAAUCAGACGUCUGUCAUGUCAGACACAGUAUUGCCCGGCAACAACGUUCUUAGCCUUCCACCAGAACUAAAUAUUGACAAUACAAGCAGCUUCGAGACUUUAGCAUCUGCUGAAGUGCAAGAAACUUCCAGUUUAAGUAAAAAUGCCAUGUCAAGCUUUGCAAUCUCAAAUCGUCGGAUAGAAGAGUUAUACGAAGUGCAGACUGAACUUUUAGGGCGUGGUCACUACGCAACGGUUUGUCGUGGUCGUUGCCGUCGUACAAACCGCGCUGUUGCUAUUAAAAAGAUCAAGCGGUUCAUGACGGACCCAAAAAGACUGCGCGCUGAGAUUAUGGCAUUGCGUCGUGUAAAGCGGCAUCCGAACAUUGUAGAGCUCAUUGACGUGUUUGAAACAGCGCGCGAGGUGCACUUGGUAUUAGAGCUCUGUACUGGGGGCGAACUAUUUGAAAGAUUGGCGGAAAAAGGAGCAUACUCAGAGGAAGAUUGUGUGCGUCAUGUGCGCGAUAUGGCACGAGCUGUGCAGUAUUUACACGAGUGUGGCAUCGUGCAUCGGGACUUAAAGCCAGAAAAUAUUUUGCUGUCGAAUUCCGAUGACCAUAAUGCUGUUGUUAAAGUCGCGGACUUUGGAUUGGCCAAGAUUUUCGCAGGAACAAAUUUAAAGACAAAAUGUGGUACUUGGGGAUAUUCAGCACCCGAAAUGAUCUCGGGGUCUGGAUCAACAUUUGGAUAUGAUGAUAAGGUGGACUCGUGGAGUUUAGGAACGAUCUUGUACAUUUUAUUGUGUGGCUACCAUCCAUUUGAUCCGGAAGGCGACCGUUCAGAUAAUGAAAUGAUUGCAAGUAUUAAAUCUUGCAAAUUUGAGUUUGAUGAUGAUGGCUGGGCGACUAUUAGCAACGAAGCGAAAGACCUCGUGCGGCACUUGUUGGUGCUCGAUCCAGAUGAUCGAUUUAGCAUGAAACAAGUGUUGGAUCAUCCGUGGAUUAAUGGUUCUAUCUCUGCUGCAGCUUUUCAAACAUCGGAACAUCCGCUUUCCCCUACCAUACACCAUGAGUUGGCCAGGUACCGUGAACACACCAAACAUAAGAUAGACUAUCGGUCGUAUGACGAUCCCGGUGGUGACGAAUGCGGCGAUGACGACGAGUCAAUAAUUAGCACUAGUAAUUGUACACAAUUGCAGAAAUAA